AUGCCAGAGAGUGACGGCUUAAAGCCCAAGCACCCUCGUCGCGCUGCCCCUCCUCACGCCUCCAAUCCCGCUGCCCUUCUCCCACCUGCCCAUACCUUGCCCUCGCUUCCCUGCACUUUCAUUCCCACGUGUUACCUUCCCCUUAUUUUUGCCUAUGCUUCCCCUCAUUCCCUUCCCCUCAUUUCCCCCUCUCCUUCCCCUCCCCUUCUUCCCCUCAUUUCUCCGCCUGCUUCCCCUCAUUCUUCCCUCUGCUUCCCCUCAUUUACUCCCCUGCUUCCUCUCGUUUUCCCCUCUGCUUCCCCUAUUUCCCCCCUGAUUUCCCUAAUUUUUACCCUCCUGCUUCCCCUCGUUUCCUGCUCUACUUCCCUUCAUUCAUCCCUUUGCUUCCCUUUCUCCUCGUUCCCCUCAUUUACCCCGCUGCUUCCCCUCGUUUCCCCGUCUACUCUCAUUGUUUCCCCCUCUGCUUCCCCUAAUUCCCCCCCUCCUUCCCCUCAUUUCCCCCCCUCCUUCCCCUCAUUUUUUCCCCCUCCUUCCCCUCAUUUCCAGUUCUGCCUUUCCUCAUUAUCCCUCCUGCUUCCCCUCCACCCUGCUUCUCCUCAUUUACUCCCCUGCUUCCCCUCAUUUCCCUCCCUGCUUCACCCCAUUUUUCUCCCUGCUUUCCAUGUUUGUACCCUCCUGCUUCCCCUGAUUCCCCCCCUUGAUUCCUCUCAUUUCCCCCCUUGCUUCCCCUCAUUUCCCUCCCUGCUUCGCCUCAUUUCCCUCCCUGCUUUCCCUGUUUUCACCUGCUUCCCCUCAUUCCCCCCCCUGCUUCUCCUCAUUUCCCCCUCUGCUUCCCAGGAUUUCCCCCUCUGUUUCACCUCGUUUCCCUCCCUGGUUCCCCUCGUUUCCCCCUCUUCCUCCCCUUGUUACAACUUUCUAUCUCUCGCUUUCCCUCUCCCGCUCUUCCCUAUCUCCCCUCUUCCCUAUCUCCCCUCUUCCCUAUCUCCCCUCUUCCCUAUCCUCCCUCUUCCCUAUGCUCCCUCUUCCUACGGUAUUUUCUUCUUUCCCUCUCACUCUCUUCCUGUCUCCUCCUUCCCUUUCCUCCCCUCUUCCUAUCCCCUUUCCUCCCCUCUUCCUAUCCCCUUUCCCAUCGUCUUAUCUCCCCCUUUCUCUUCCCCCCUGCUUCUCUCUUCUCUUCACCCUCUUCCCUGUCUCCCCUAUCUCCACUCUUCUAAUCUCUAUCUGUUUGACUUUUUUCUUGUUCCCCCUCCCAAUCCCUUGUAUUCUCUCCCUCCCCCUGGCUAUUGCAGUAACUACACUGAAGAUUUUUCUGGUACUUCAACUCACCUCAACCCAUCAUCCCAUCCCAUGCUCGUAGAGUUACAGUUCCUGUGUUUUUUCAAGGCCUUGAGAAAGGUUCAGUCGUAUAUGUAUUGCUUCCCUUGA